UAAAUCCGGUAUGAAAUGUCUCAGUACACCACAUCACAUGUUCCAAAAGAAAGUGAAAGUUAACAAAUCAAAAUUUAAUCAAAGUCAACAACAGAGGAAACAACUCCACCGACUGCACACACUGAAGCUAUGGGAGGAUACUUCUCUAAACCUGAAGUGGAGCCCCCUUCUCUGUUGCUUAAUAAAGAAUGGCGAGCUGUACCACAGGGCAACAAAGCUGAAUAUCUACAGUUUGUGAGGGGUUUUGAGCCUUUUAAGCCUCGUAAUGAUGAGAGGAAUGAAGAUCAGUGUAUUAGAAUUCUGCUUCAUGGACCAAUUGGUCACGGCAAGUCCAGUUUUAUCAACACUGUGGACUCCAUCUUACAAGGCGAAAUGACUGGACGAGCUUUGGCGGAUGCAUGUGGUGGAAAGACCUUUACCAAAAAGUACAAAACAUACAAAAUCAAAAAAGGAGAAGACGGGACCUUUUACCCAUUUGUCUUCAAUGACAUUAUGGGCCUGGAGAAAGACCAAGGAGUUUGUGAGGAGGACAUCAAACUAGCCAUGAUGGGACAUGUCAAAGAUGGUUACACGUUCAAUCCACACUCCACAUUAUCCAAAGAUGAUCCAUACUACAACACAAACCCCAGUCUGAGUGACAAAGUACAUGUUCUGGUUUGUGUCGUCUGUGCUGAUACAGUACAUUUACUGGAUGAUGAUGUUAUGAAGAAGAUGAGGAAGGUGAGGCUGGAUGCUCGUGAUAUGGGGAUUCCUCAAAUGGCUAUUCUCACCAAAAUUGAUGAAGCCUGUCCUGAGGUCAAAGCAGACUUAAGAAACGUCUACAAAAGCAAAUAUGUGAAAGAAAAGAUGGAGCUUCUGAGUGAAUCACUGGGUAUUCCACUGAACUGCAUCUUUCCUGUGAAGAACUACCACUCAGAAAUUGCUCCAAAUGAUGACCUUGAAAUGCUGAUACUGAUGGCACUGAAACAGAUGAUCAACUUUGGAAAAAAUUUUGUGAACGACUGUAAAUGCACAUGAGACAAACUUUGCUUCAGUUCAUCAUGAAAAGAAAUCAUGUAAAAGAUUGAUAUUGUAGUUUUGGGCAGUAGGAAACAUAGAUUUAUGGUUUCAUUUAAAAUUACAUCUGAGAUUGUAUCUGAUAAAUCAAGCAGAAGUGCACUAGUUUUGCACAGAUCUUUGACUAAACUUGUAAAUGUAAAUACUGAGAUUAACUUUGCUUCAGCUCAAUGUGAAAAAUAAUUGUGAAAAAUUCAUAAUGCAGUCAUAUGCAAUGGGAAACACAUGUAGGCCUUAGUUUACAGUUACAGUAUUAUACCUGAUAAAGCAAGUAGAAGUGCACUGGUUUAGUGGAGAUCCUGAAUUUAGUUAAAAACUAACAAUAAAAAAACUCAAUCUGUAAUUCAUAAUAUCACAUAUUGCUUUGCAAAGUGUUUCUUUUCAACAUUACUUUCAUAUACUUUAGGAUCACUUCUUCUAAUACAUAUUAAUGCCAGCUGAAAUGAUAAACUGCUAUGAACUUGUGCAAAUAAAAUAAAAAUACAU